ACUUCCCGUCGCGCUAGCCACAAUCCGGCAAUCUCCCCCACUCCCCCACCUCCUCCCGUCCUCCGGCCGCCGCUCCCCACCCGCCGCCGCCGCCGCCGCCCGCAGAAGCCGCAGAUGGCGUCGUCGGCGUCCACCCUCGAGAUCGAGGCCCGCGACGUGGUGAAGAUAGUGCUGCAGUUCUGCAAGGAGAACUCGCUGCAGCAGACGUUCCAGACGCUGCAGAACGAGUGCCAGGUCUCGCUCAACACCGUCGACAGCAUCGACACCUUCAUCGCCGACAUCAAUGCCGGGCGCUGGGACGCUGUGCUGCCCCAGGUUGCGCAGCUCAAGCUGCCGCGCAAGAAGCUCGAGGACCUGUACGAGCAGAUUGUGCUCGAGAUGGCUGAGCUCCGUGAGCUGGACACGGCGCGCGCCAUCCUCCGCCAGACCCAGGUCAUGGGCGUCAUGAAGCAGGAGCAGCCCGAGCGGUACCUCAGGCUUGAGCAUCUCCUUGUCCGGACAUACUUUGACCCCAAUGAGGCCUACCAAGAAUCCACCAAGGAGAAACGACGUGCACAGAUUUCCCAAGCUAUUGCUUCUGAAGUUUCAGUAGUUCCACCUUCUCGGUUAAUGGCACUGAUUGGUCAGGCUUUGAAAUGGCAACAGCACCAAGGAUUGUUACCACCUGGCACACAGUUUGAUUUAUUUAGAGGAACUGCUGCAAUGAAGCAAGAUGAAGAGGAAACAUAUCCUACUACUUUAUCACAUCAAACAAAGUUCGGGAAGAAAACUCACCCUGAAUGUGCUCGAUUUUCACCUGAUGGCCAGUACCUUGUAUCAUGCUCAGUGGAUGGAAUCAUUGAGGUUUGGGAUUAUAUCAGCGGGAAGCUUAAAAAGGAUCUUCAAUAUCAAGCUGACGAAAGCUUCAUGAUGCACGAUGAUGCGGUGCUUUCUGUUGAUUUCAGUAGAGAUUCUGAGAUGCUGGCAUCUGGAUCACAGGAUGGAAAGAUUAAGGUUUGGCGUAUACGAACUGGCCAGUGUUUGCGUCGCCUCGAGCGUGCACAUGCAAAAGGUGUUACAAGUGUUACAUUCUCACGUGAUGGAACUCAGAUAUUGAGUUCAUCCUUUGACACUACUGCAAGAGUACAUGGCCUCAAGUCCGGAAAGAUGCUGAAGGAAUUCCGAGGCCAUAACUCAUAUGUGAAUUGUGCCAUCUUUUCUACAGAUGGUAGCCGUGUUAUUACAGCUUCCAGUGAUUGUACUGUUAAGGUGUGGGAUACGAAAACAACAGAUUGUUUGCAAACAUUCAAGCCACCACCUCCUUUGAGGGGAGGAGAUGCAACUGUUAACUCUGUCCAUUUAUCUCCAAAGAAUAGUGAUCACAUUAUUGUGUGCAAUAAGACAUCUUCAAUAUACAUAAUGACUCUACAAGGACAGGUUGUAAAAAGUUUUUCAUCUGGUAAACGGGAAGGGGGAGAUUUCCUUGCAGCUUCCGUUUCACCAAAAGGAGAAUGGAUAUAUUGUGUUGGUGAAGACAUGAACAUGUAUUGCUUUAGCUACCAGUCCGGUAAACUGGAGCAUCUAAUGAAGGUCCACGACAAGGAUGUGAUAGGCAUCACUCACCACCCUCAUAGGAACUUGAUUGCUACUUAUGCUGAAGAUUGCACGAUGAAAACAUGGAAGCCUUGAUUAUUUGUAACUUGCCUUUGUUCUUAUCUUGUAAUUGUAGGAAGCAUGAUUAUCCAUCUCUGUUCUAAGUGCUAGAUAAAUAGGAUCUAUUUUGAUUUUUGUAAUUUAGAGAACUGGGAGGUGACCUUACUAGCUAACAUUAUCUUCCCUGGUGCUUCUGGAGCCCAGUGUAUUCCCAUUGUAUCUUAUAUUAUAUAGCAUUAGUAGGUAUCAUUGUAUGGAGGAAACAAAAUUAGGUGAGGUGAGCAUGAUUCCUUUUGUCGCGGACUCUUGCUUUUAUUGGAGCGCUGAAAAUCUGAAAUACUGAAUGCAAUUACAGACACAGGCAUAAACCAUUACGGCAGCUAAAAAUACUGUGAAAUGUUUGAAUU